AUGGUGCCCGGUAUUAUCAGCAGUGACCUCAACGAGGAAUACCAUUACAGCGACUCUUCCAGCCCGGAGUAUAUCCACAGCCAACAAGACACGGCAGGCCCAGCCCACACCGACAAGCUCAAGCCUUUGGCUAUCGUGGGACUCGACUUGAGAUUCCCUCAAGAUGCCACUUCUGCAGAGGAACUGUGGAAGAUGCUCUUGGAGAAGAGAUGCGCAAUGACAGAGUAUCCCAAGGACCGUAUGGAGAUAGACUCACUCUACCACCCCAACUCUCGGCGAAAGGACACGAUUGCAAAUCGGGGCGGCCAUUUCUUGGAGGAAGAUAUCGCUGCAUUCGAUGCAUCCUUCUUCUCCAUUUCACCGGCUGAAGCCGCAGGUAUGGAUCCCCUUCAUCGCAUCUUGUUGGAGACCACCUAUCGAGCCCUGGAGAAUGCGGGUAUUUCCAUGGAGUCGGUCAAGGGAAGCAAAACAUCGGUGCAUACGGGCUGUUUCACGCAUGACUAUGAGAUUAUGAUGAACUCCGAUCCCCUUUUUAUGUCCAAGUAUGCGGCUACAGGCACGGCCCCUUCCAUGAUUGCCAACCGAGUCAGCUGGUUCUUUGACUUGGCGGGUCCCAGUAUCAGCGUCGAUACUGCCUGCUCCAGCAGUAUGGUUGCCUUUGACCUUGCAUGUCAAGGCCUGUGGAACGGGAGCGCUACGAUGGGAAUUGUGGCUGGCUGCAAUCUCGUCUACACUCCAGAAAUGAGUCUUGCACUGUCCAACAUGGGUUUUCUCUCCCCAGACAGUCUCUGUCUGAGCUUCGAUGCCUCCGGUAACGGAUAUACCAGAGGAGAAGGGUUUGGUGUUUUGAUCAUCAAGCCCCUGGAAGAUGCUCUCCGUGACGGUGACACGAUUCGGGCAGUGGUACGCUCGACAGGAUCCAACCAGGAUGGCCGGACCCCAGGGAUUACGCAGCCGAGUAAGGAUGCACAGGAGCGGCUCAUCCGAGAGACCUACGCCAAGGCAGGGCUGGACCUACGAGAUACACGUUACGUGGAGGCGCACGGCACUGGCACGGCGGUGGGGGAUCCUAUUGAGUCCGGGGCUAUUGGAGCUGCGUUUCGGCAACACCGUUCAGCGAACGAUCCAUUAUUUAUUGGCGCGGUAAAGAGUAACAUCGGUCACCUCGAGGGGGCCAGUGGGAUGGCAGGACUUAUCAAGACGAUUCUCGUGCUUGAAAAGGGCAUAAUUCCGGCAAAUGCAAACUUCAGGUCCUUGAACCCCAGGAUUGAUGCGGAAUACUUGAACCUCAGAUUCCCCGAGGAGAGCGUACCAUGGCCAACGGCUGGCCUCCGUCGUGCAAGCAUCAACUCCUUUGGGUUUGGGGGGACAAACUCCCAUGCCAUCCUUGACGAUGCCUACAACUACCUGCGCAUGCACGAUUUGCAGGGCAACCACCAAACUGCGGAACGACCACCGACUCUGGAAGCUUUGAGGCAGCCUUCAGUGGGAGGACAACCGCUGGUUCGCGACGAUACCACUUUAUCAACUCUCCCAAGCACUCCCAAGCUUCUCGUAUGGUCAGCAGCGGACGAAGAUGGGCUGAAGCGGCUGGCAACCAGCUAUAGAGAUCAUUUCUCCGCCCUACAAGUUACUAAUGGCAAGUCAGAGGAUUAUUUGAGAAACUUGGCCUAUACACUGGCGGCGAAGAGAAGUUCUUUAUCGUGGAAGGCAUUCGCUAUUGCUGAUUCCAUCCAGAGUCUGCCAGAGGUGUCCUUUUCCAAAGGAGUCCGCUCGAACUCGAAGCCUAGCUUGGGCUUCAUUUUCACCGGCCAGGGAGCACAGUGGUACGCGAUGGGCCGGGAGCUCUUUGUCUAUCCUGUCUUUGAGAAGAGUAUUCUGGAGGCAGAGGAGUUCUUGAUUCGACUGGGAUGCUCAUGGUCUCUGAGGGAGGAACUUUUUGCGGACAAAGCCACGUCCAGGGUCAACGACCCCGAGUUUAGCCAGCCACUCUGUACCGCUUUGCAGGUCGGACUUGUUGACCUCCUGCACAGCUUUGGAAUCAUUCCUUCAGCGGUCGUGGGCCACAGUUCCGGAGAAAUUGCUGCGGCAUACGCCAUCGGUGCCAUAUCAUCAGAGUCCGCAUGGAAGUUGGCAUAUUAUCGUGGCAAGCUCGCAGCAAACCUGGCUAAGACGCGAUCAACUCCCGGUGCGAUGAUUUCCGUGGGACUUUCCGAGAGUCAGAUAGAACCAUAUUUUGAGAGUUUGCGCUCACAGUUUGGCGAUCGGCGAGUGGUAAUCGCGUGCAUUAACAGUCCUACCAAUGUGACAAUCAGUGGAGAUGCCGAGCAGGUUGAUGCGCUGGAGCACCUUCUCCGGAACGACGAGGUCUUUGCGCGGAAGUUGCAGGUCACUGUGGCAUACCACUCUCCCCACAUGAGUGACAUAGCUCAAGACUACCUCCAGGCUGUGCAGAAGCUGCAAAAGGGCGACAAGCCGCGGGGCUCUCGAGCACCGCUCAUGGCGUCUUCGGUCACUGGCCAGCGAGCCACAGAGGAGGAGCUGCGCAAGGCGGAAUACUGGGUGAAGAAUAUGGUGUCGCCAGUACGAUUUACUGAGGCAUUGUCACUCCUCUGUUCGCAAUCUGGAAAAGCCAAAACGAAGAAGAUCGGAGGAGCACAUCGCAACUCGGUCAAUCUCACACAUCUUGUGGAAAUCGGACCGCACUCGGCACUUCAAGGCCCGACCAGGGAUAUCCUCAAGUCCAUUGGCAAGUCGGAGGUGCUUUCGUACAGUUCUGCACUAGUCAGAAAUAUCAGCGCCAUUUCCACCGUGCUGGGCGUCGUUGGCCAGUUGUAUUGCGCCGACUACCCUGUCCGCCUCGACGAUGUGAACCAAAUUGGCAAGGAAAUUUCACGCCCAGUGACGCUCUCAGAUCUCCCACCUUACCCGUUUAAUCAUUCCCAGAGACACUGGCAUGAAAGCAGAUUGAGCAAAGGUCACCGGUUCCGCAAGCAUCCCCGACUUGACCUCCUAGGAGCCCCAGUGCCGGACUGGAACCCUCGCGAAGCGAAAUGGCGAAAUGUGAUAUUGGCCAGCGAGAUGCCGUGGGUUCAGGAUCAUAAGAUCAACGGAACGACACUAUAUCCUGCAGCGGGAAUGAUUGUCAUGGCCAUCGAAGCCGCCAAGCAGACCGCAGACAGACCCCGGGAUGUAACCGGGUUCAGAAUCCGAGACAUCACGAUUCAGCGAGCGCUCGCCAUACCCUCGGAUCAGGAAGGUAUUGAGACCAUGUUCUACCUCCGGUCAGCCCAAGAAGCCACGGACAAAGACCCCUCGUGGUCCGAAUUCCGGCUAUUCAGCAUCAAGGACGACGGCUGGGUCGAACAUUGCAGAGGUGCCAUCCAGGUUGAGUAUGAGACCGAUCAUGGGGCUUUGGAAGCAACCCAGAUGGAAUCUGCCCUCAAACAGACCUACGAGCAUGAUGUUGCUAUCUCCACUGCAGUCGAUGCAGAGCAUAUCUACGACGCUCUGGACCGCUGCGGCCUCAAUUACGGCCCAGCUUUCCGGCCCUUGCAUCAAAUUGCCUACGAUGGCAAAGGUGGCGCUACUUCGACUGUGUCGCUUUUCCGGGACUCCAAAGAUAUUGAAUUUCCCUCACAACCACAUGUGGUCCAUCCGAGCACGCUGGAUGGCAUUUUCCAGCUUGGCAUCCUAGCCAUGAUGGAUGGCGGGAACACGCCAAUUCCAAGCAUGGUUCCUACUCGCAUCACCAAACUUUGGAUUUCCAACAGUGGGCUGAGCGGCGCUGAGGUCGAUGCCGCUGCGAAAGUUCACGCGCGUUCUCACUGGGAAGGCCGGCGAGGAUUGCGCUCUUCGCUGUUCGUUCUGGGCGCUGAUGAUCGUCGUCGCAUCCUUGUGGAAGGGUUCGAAGCGACUGCAGUGGCCAGUCAAGAUGAAAAUGCCCGGAUAGGCCAGAAGCAGCCCCAGACCUACUACUAUAUCGACUCUCGGCCCGACGUGGAUGCGCAUACUGCCCAGGAGAUUCAGAGCUAUCUUACGCAAAAGUCGCAAAGCUCUCAACAGAGCAGCCUCGAGGGCUACUUCGAUCUGCUUGCGUACAAGAAUCCCGCGCUGAAGGUCCUGGAGAUUGGUGGAGGAACCGGUGACAUGACCGCGGUUGCUAUGGGAGUCUUUGCCCCCUGCGACGAGGAUGGGCCUGGUAUUCCUAGAUACGCGCAGUAUGAUUUUGCUGACACCACAGAUGCGGAAUUUGACUCGCUAGAGAACAGAUUCAAAGCCCAGGAGGAGCGCAUGGCGUUCAAAGUCUCAGAUCUACAGAACAACUGGCUCGCUCAGGGCUUCGAGCCGCAGGGCUACGAUCUUAUCAUUGCAUCCAUGGCAAUUGCUUGCGAUUCGAAGCUAGCUCUUGAAGAAAUCCGAAAACUUGUCAAACCUGAAGGCAGACUGGUACUACAUGGAAAUAGCCAAUCUAUGUCUCUGGAGGACUGGCAAAGAGUCCUGGAGACACACGGAUUCAGUGGAGUCGACAUGAAUCUGUCUCUCACUAGCAGCUCUGAGUGUAUAAUCUCCGCUGCACUUACAACUAAGCCAUCCAUCUCCGGCCCUCAUCGCAAAGUUGUCAUCAUUACCGAUGACUCUCCUGUGCAGCGAGGUCUAACCGCCGGCAUCCUUGGAUUGCUGCCAAACCAGGACCACGAGGUCGUAUCUCUCUCUCAAGCGGCCUCACUCGAUCAGACGGAUGCGAAUAUCUAUCUAUUCUUGCUGGAGGUAGAGAAACCAUUGCUGACCACUAUUGCGGAGGAAAUGUACACCGCACUACAGAAGAUCACCAAAUAUGCCAAGGAAAUUGUAUGGGUUUCACGUUCGGUCGAGCAAGCGCCAGAAUCUGGACUGAUUCACGGUCUCUCCCGCGUGCUUCGCAGUGAGAAUUAUCCUCUCAAGUUUGUCACUCUUGCUCUCGAAAGCCCGGAUCCUUCUUUGCAGGCAGCAAGGAUUGUUCGAGUACUCCAAAACACCACUCGAAAUCCGGUUGACACGUAUGAGCCGGAAUAUCUUGAGCAAGAUGGAAUGCUCCAAGUGACUCGACUGGUCGAAGCCCCUGCACUGAGGCGCAGGAUCACCGUCAAGGAAGCUCCGCAACAGAUCAAGGUCCAGUCACUGGCCCAGGCACCCCCAGUGAAACUGCACGUGGCCUCUCCGGGGCUUCUUGACAGCCUUCGAUUUAUUGAGGACAAUGAUCACCUUCUUCCCCUUGCUCCGAAUGAAGUGGAGGUUGAGGUCAAGGCUGUUGGUAUCAAUUUCAAGGACUGCCUGGUUGCCCUGGGGCGGGUAGACCAAACCACGAUUGGAUUGGAAUGUGCUGGUAUUGUGCGCCGCGCGGCAAAUGGCUCUCUGUUUCAGGCUGGGGACCGUGUCGUGGUCUGUAAAACGGGCAGUUUUCGAACGUAUGUGCGCUCACCACAGGACUGUGUAGUCAAGGUCCCCGAUAUAUUGUCAUUCACGGAGGCAGCGGCCAUUCCAACCAAUUUUGCCACAGCCUACCACGCACUGUACGAAGUUGCGCGAUUGCAGCAGGGUGAAACCAUUCUCAUUCAUUCCGGCGCCGGAGGAACAGGUCAAGCUGCGAUUCAAAUCGCUCAACAUCUGGGUGCUGAGGUCUUCACCACAGUUAGUUCUGAGGAGAAGAAGCAGUUGUUGGUCGAGCUCUACGGCUUGAACCCUGAUCACAUCCUCUACAGCCGUGACCUCUCCUUUGCCGAUGGAAUCAAACGUCUGACUGACAACAAGGGUGUGGAUGUUGUACUCAACUCACUAUCCGGAGAGGCGCUGGUCGCCUCGUGGGAAUGUGUCGCCCCGUACGGACGCUUCAUUGAGAUUGGUAUCAAGGACAUCCUGGCCCACAACACCCUUCCUAUGUUCCGGUUUGCUCGCAACGUAUCCUUCAGUGCGGUCGAUCUGGCCGCCAUCAUGGUCGAACGGCCCCAUCUGCUGCAAAGGGCCCUACAGACGGUAAUAGAUCUAGUAGGUCAAGGUUUGAUGCACGCUGCCGGGCCGCUACAUGUCCACCCUGCUUCAGCUGUUGAGGAGGCCUUCCGGUACAUGCAGAGUGGAAAGAAUACAGGAAAGACUGUGGUGGAGAUGAAUGCUGAUGACCAGGUUUUGACCGUCCUCGAGACCAAACCAACUUGUCAAUUCGCAGCCGAUGCAACCUAUGUCAUUGCCGGUGGUCUCGGCGGCCUGGGUCGAAACAUGACUCGGUGGAUGGCCAGUCGUGGAGCCCGAAACCUCAUUCUGCUGUCCCGGCGAGGCGCGCGAGACGAGGCUUCGAUCGAACUGGUGCGAGAAUUGGAGAACGCCAACAUUCGAGUGGCCACACCUGCCUGCGACAUUACGGAUCUCGACAAGCUCACAGCGGUCCUGGACAGCUGUUGUGAGACAAUGCCACCAAUUAAGGGCUGUAUCCAAGGCACCAUGGUGGUCCAUGACAACAUGUUCUCGCAGAUGUCGCAUUUCGAGUGGACCGACGGGCUGAAUCCCAAGGUCAUUGGUACUUGGAAUCUGCACUGUGCCCUUCCCGGAAACCUGGAUUUCUUCGUUAUGAUGUCCUCUAUCUCGGGUAUCGGGGGAUUUGGUGGCCUUGCUAACUACGCCGCUGGAAACACAUACCUAGAUGCCAUCACCCGGUACCGGGUCGCACGAGGUCAGAAGGCCGUUGCUCUAAACUUGGGUCUGUUUGAAAAUGCAGGAUAUGUUGCCGAUCAUGAAGCCUUGGUCGAGCGAUGGAAAGGGGUGGGAUUCUACGUCAAGAUGGAUCCGGAGUAUCUCUGUACCCUGUUGGAUCACUUUUGUGCUCCAUCCCUGGAACCCCUAACUGCCUUGACUUGCCAGCCGGUGUUUGGCCUGAACAACCCGGCCACGAUACAAGCCGCUGGGAAGGAGGAGCCUUACUGGAUGCACCAACCACUGUUCCGCCUUCUCUAUCAAAUCCCUAACAUGAGUGCUGGUGCUGAUGCUACCACGCGCGCCAAAGGUGAGGCUUCCUAUACCGGCCAAUUCCUUGCCGCGGCAUCAACCCCAGAAGCCGGAGAGAUUGUGGCUACGGCGCUCAUCAAGAAACUAUCCAAGACGCUUGGGCAUUCGGAGGGGGAUAUGGAAGCCGAUCGACCUAUGCAUAAUUAUGGAAUGGACUCUUUGGUGGCCGUGGAGAUUCGCAGUUGGCUCUCACGGGAUUUUGGGGCGGAUGUCGCGAUCUUUGAUAUCUUGGGGGCAGCGACCUUUGCAUCGACGGGUCUCUUGGUGGCUGAGAGAAGUACGCUGCGUCAGUCGAAGUAG